GUUUAUCUUACAACAUAAAGUGCACUGAGGCAAUUUGGCACCAUAUACUUCUUUAUUUCUGUGUAUAUUAUCUAGACUAUUUCAUGAUCAGUAGAUUUGUUAUGCAUGGAUUUGAUAAGAAAAGUAACACAGUUGAUGUUUUUGGUUUUUGCAGUGUGUCGAAGCAGCACGCAGUAAUCCCCAGCCAGGUUUUUGAGUUAGAGGAUGGCAGCAGCAGCUAUAAGGACUUUGCUAUGACCAGAAACAAUCGCUUUAGCAGUGCCGGACAAGCCUCCAAAAACAUCAUCCAGCCUCCAUCUGCAGUGUUGCACUACUAUAACGUUCCUCCGUGCAUAUCACAGGAUCAUUUACUGAGGCUGUGCACGGAGCAUGAUCUGCCUGGCUUUGUCAAAUUUAAGAUGUUUGAUGCCAAACCCUCUUCUAAGACCAUCUCUGGCUUGUUGGAGUUUGACAGUAAGACAGAGGCUGUGGAGGUUCUUACUGUUCUCAACCACUACCAGAUUAGGAUUCCCAGUAAGUCCAUGAGAAAAACAUCCAUCACUGCCUACUCUGUCAGUCUCAUGCUGGAAACUUCACAAAUAAUUCCUGAAUGUGGAGCUGGAAAAUACAUCUGAAGUAGAAAAAAUUAUUUUGUAAAAAUUAUUUUGUGAAAUUUAAACAGUUAAUGCA